CACUUUCCAUAUGAUUGUAGGGUGGACUUCGUUUGGAAUUUCGGUCUUCCAUUUUGUUGGCCACAUGUUCAACUUCUACCAUCUUACCAUUCAACCACCGUUUUUCGUGAAGUGCGUCUUUUCCAAUACCAUUUAUUACAGUUCCACAUUUCUCCAUACGUUCCAGUUCUAUUUGUUGGGAACAGUGACGGGUAUGACAGGAGUAUUGUUAACAGGUGUGAUGGGGAUUAUGGCGGUGUUUGCGUUGCCAUGGGCACGCCGGAAGUUGUACAACAUCUUCUGGAGAGUUCAUAAGCUCUACAUCGUCUUGUAUGCGCUUAUCAUAUUGCAUGGAAGUGCAGUGCUUGUUCAGGAGCCUUGGUUUUAUUUUUUCUUCUUGGGACCAGCUUUGCUCUUUGUCCUGGAUAAAACAGUCAGCCUAAGCAGGUUUUCCCAUCCAGUGGACGUCAUACGCUCCGAUAUAUUACCGUCUGACGUGACAUUUCUUGAGAUCCACAAGCCAACAGGGUUCAGUUUUAAAGCCGGGGAGUGGAUACGACUCGCCAUCAAGGGGUACAAUGAAUUUGAGUACCACCCGAUCACCAUCGGCUCGGCACCGCACGAGGAAACGCUGAAGGUGUACAUCCGGGCGGUUGGUCCUUGGACGCGGAAAGUGAAGAAACUUUUUGACCCCAGUAAUGUGCAACAGUCCCUGAGACAGGUUUACAUCGACGGUCCCUUUGGCAGUGCGUCCCAGGAUUGGUCUAACUAUGACGUCACUGUGAUGGUGGGGGGCGGGAUCGGCGUCACACCAUUUGCCUCGAUCCUGAAACACAUCAUUUUCCUUGCACAGACCGAUGGAAGGAUAAGCUGUACUAAGAUCUACUUUGUGUGGGUGUCAACCGACCAGCACCAGUUUGAAUGGAUGAUUGAUAUCAUACGAGAGGUAGAGGAACACGACCUGCAGGCUCUGGUCCACAUCAGUCUGUUUAUUACACGCUUCUAUAAGAAAUAUGAUCUCCGCACAUUACUCAUGUAUCUGUGCGAGAGACACUUUAUCCGUGUAUCUGGUCGCAGUCUACUGAUGGGACUUCAGUCUCCACUGUACUUCGGCCACCCGAACUUUGACUUACUUCUGAAAAGUGUGGGAAAGAAUCAUAGCUCGGUGAAGAGAAUAGGCGUGUUUUCCUACGGACCACCCCAAAUGGUGAAAUCUGUGGCCAAGGCCUGCUUCGAGAGAAACAAGACGUCUAAGAUGAUAUAUGAGCAUCAUGAAGAGGUUUACUAGUAUUUCCAAACAGCUUCAGUUAAAUGGACAUAAAGAAAUGGAAAGGUGUGGAUUCGUGGUUCAGGACUCGAAAUAAUUCAACUUCAAAUUGCUAAUACCAAGGUGUAUUUUAAAUUGAUACUUAUGUGUAGAAAUGUGGAAUGAGUCGCGUGGAUUUUAACGCAAGUGAAACCAAUGAGAAGUGGUCGUCGUUCUGGAUUGAUUCAUCGAGGAUUGAAACGAAAGUGAAAGUAAUGAAAGCGUUUGAAUGCAGAGGCUGGCUUUCUUCAGCCUGUUAUAAGAGAACGGCCACUGUACAACCGGAACCGGAGGUAACAUUGUAACAGCGACUCCCUCUAUUAAUGCUUCUCGUCUAAAAGCUGGUUAACGGGGUUAUUUCACCGGAUACUCUGACAUUCAGUUGUCGUAACGUGACAUUUCCGAAAUUAUGCUCAA